AAUGAAAAAACUUCGUUGUUGUCGUUUAUAUAGUGCGUGGUGUUAUAACCUUUUGUGCCAAAAUGAGUUUAUAUACGGAUCCUCUUUGUUUAAAUAAACAUAAUUUAUUUUUAGAAUUAAAAAAUGGCUUAUCGGGAAAUAUCAAAGAUACGAGGAAUAUUUUAGAAAUUCGUGACAAUGUGUUGUACGUAUGGAAUGCGAAUGAUUCUUGUGUGAUGACAUUAAACGUUGCAGCAUCGCGGGAAAAAGACGGAGAUGUACUUUAUCAAAAACUUCGACCUACCGAUCCUCCGAUUUUCGAAAUAAAACAUCUACUGAUUAACGAGACUGGCACGCAACUGGUAUUAUGGGGUAAUCUAGGCCUCGUCAUCAUGGAACUUCCUAAGAGAUGGGGCAAAGAUUGCGCGUUCCAAGGUGGAAAGAAGGAAAUACGUUGCAUGGUUUACAAUGAAACGAUAGAUAUUCGAAAAGCAAGAUGGCAUCCAGGUUCUACGAAUGACUCUCAUUUGUUAAUUUUAACAUCCGAAAAUACAUUCCGCUUGUACGAAUGCGAAUUGGGUAACAAGCCAAGGCUAAUAAGAAGUUGGAAAGUUGGCCGUGUACCGUUCGGUUCACCAUCUAAAAUACCAGAUUUCACCUCUUUAGGCGAUACAGCGGUGGAUUUUGAUUUCGCUACACCUACUCUCUGUAAACCUGAAAUGUUCAUCGGUAAAGAUAUCAAUAAGGAUAACGUUGUCGAUUGGAAUCAAAUUGAAUGGCCCAUUCUUGUUCUACGUGGAAAUGGAGAAGUACGCAUUGUUCGUGGCAACAUAUUACACGAUACUCAUGAAAACCCAGUGGUAUCGGAAUCACUCUCUAUAUAUCCUCCAGUCGACGACAAUUACGGAAUAGAUUCCUGUUCCAUAAUGUGUUUACAAACUACCCCUCCGAUAGUAAUUAUUGCCACGUGUACUGGAAAGAUUUACCACGCGAUUUUGUUGAAAGAUGAAUUGAUCGAUGACGAUAACGAUAGAAAAUCUUGGUCACAAUAUGAUUCUACGUAUAAUCUUUACACACCAGAAGAGGCUUUAUAUGUAUACGAGUGCGUCGAAAUAGAAUUAGGUCUUUUUUUCGCGGAUGAAGAUGAAAAAUAUAAUUGUCCGAUACAUAUUCGCGCUGACAAGGGUAAUAGGUCAAGGUAUUUUUGUUCUCAUAAUGCUGGAAUCCAUAUGAUUAGUUUACCAAUGGUUUCUCAAUUACUGGAAUACAUCAACUCACCAAAAGAAAACGAAGAUGCUCGUUUACCAUCACUUUCGAAUCAAUCCAGUUCGCAAUAUUUAAUUUGUAGAAGAACUAAACAUACACAAGCGAACGAAUCUACUCCAAUUCUUGGAUUCGGACUUCUUCAAGAGCCAUGUGUUUUGAUAGCUUUGUUACACACUGGUGAUAUUGUUGUCCGUUGUGUUAUCGAUCUUUAUUACUUUCCAAAAAUUGAACCGCCAGAACCUGUAAUUGAUAAAAAGGAAAAAGUGAAUAAAGAGGAAUUCGACGUGUACAUAAAAAAAUUAUUAAAACAUGAAACAUCACAACCCCUUAUCAAAGUUGGCUCGAAAUCUCCACGAGAGAGUUUACAGCUUUUAUAUCAUGCAACGGAUAUUUUUCGUAAAGAACAUUUUGUUAAACAUGACACUGUACGAGAAGAAAUCGGUAAAAAGGUGCGUGCGUUAAAAGUAAUGAAAAUCCAAUUACUUAAAGAUCUAGAGACUUUAAUAGAAACGAAGAAAGAAUUGCAUCAAACUGCUGAACGAUUGGCUGAACGUUACGAAGAUAUUAAAGAUGAACAAGAGAAAUUAGCACAAAAAGCAAAAGAGGUAUUACGAUUAGUAAAUUACAAGGAACCUUCUAUGACUCCUAUAGAAAGAGCAGAAGCAGAGGAAUUAAGGAAAAUGGAAAUGAAAAUAGAAGUAAUGAAAAUCAGACUUUUGGAUUUAAAGAAAAAAUCAGAACAAAUUGGACAUACGGAGAAUAAUGAAAGCAUUGAAGAUAAAAAAGAAAUUGUUUUUAAAGAUGAUCAGGAAAAAAUAAUCAAAAACACUCUUGGACAAAUGGCAAAAGAUAUAAAAGAAUUAAUUAUGGAAGUUAAAAAAUUCGAGGAAGAAGUAAGUAUUUAAAUCGAACGAUAAAAAAAAUAUUAAAUAUAAAAAAUGCUA